AGGACUGGCCACCAUGCUCGGCUCCCGCAGCCUCCAGGCGCUUCUGCUGCCGCCACUGCUUCUGCUGGCGGCUGCCACUGGCCCUGCCGGAGCCCUCAGUGACAAUGAGAAACAUGUGAUGGUGGAGCUGCACAACUUCUACCGAGCCCAGGUCACCCCGCCGGCCGCCAACAUGCUGCAAAUGAGGUGGGAUGAGGAGCUGGCCGCCUUCGCCAAAGCCUACGCACAGCAGUGCGUGUGGGGCCACAACAAGGAGCGCCGGCGUGGCGAGAACCUGUUUGCCAUCACGGAUAAGGGCCUGGACGUGCCACUGGCCAUGGAGGAGUGGUACCACGAGUGGGAGCACUACAACCUCAGCGCCGCCACCUGCGCCGCAGGCCAGAUGUGCGGCCACUACACGCAGGUGGUCUGGGCCAAGACAGAGAGGAUUGGCUGUGGUGCCCAUUUAUGUGAGAAGCUCCAGGGCAUUGAGGAGGCCAACAUCCAUCUGCUGGUUUGCAAUUACGAGCCCCCGGGGAAUAUGAAGGGGCAGAGGCCCUACCAGGAGGGGACUCCAUGCUCCCAAUGUCCUUCGGGCUACCGCUGCGAGAACUCUCUGUGUGAACCCAUCAGAGGCCCGGAAGAGUCUCAGCAUUUGCCUUACUUGGUAUAUGAGGCCCCAUCUUCCCUGACAACAGAAGCCUCAGGCUCUAGGGAAAAGGGCACCACUUCAUCCCUAGCAAUGGAAACUCCAUCCUUGGUAAAAGAGGUCUCAGGAUCCCUGGCAACAGAGGCUCUACCUGCUGUAGAAACCAAGGCCCCAUCUUCCUUAGUAACAGAAGAUUCCCCUUCCAUGGCAACGGAGGCUCCACCUUCCCUAACAACCGAGGCCCCUUUCUUUUUGGCAACUCACAACCUGCUCUCCUUGGAUGAGAGGUCAGCUACUUUCCCCAAAUCGACCCAGGACCCCACCCCCAAGUCGGCAGACCAAGAGGCCAGCAGUACAAGAAUGCCCUCGAGGAGCCCAGAGAGUUCUCUGCACCCCAAGACAUCCUUUACAGGGACACAGGAGCCACUACACCCCUCCCAAGAGGGUGAGGCUGAGGCCGAGUCACCUGAUUCCAGUGAGAUCUUGGCCUCAGUUUUUCUAGCCCAGGACCAGGCAGGGGAGCCACAGGCUACCCUGGAGCACAAGGGGCACACCUCCUCCAAGCCCUUGUCCAACUCCCCCGCUGCCUCCGCUACUGCUAAGGCCACGGGCGGGCGUACCCUGGCCCUGCAGUCCUCCUUGCCAGGUGCAGAGGACCCUGAAAGGCCUGGCAUCGAGUCAGGGUUGAACUCAAGCCCUAGGCACAUCGGGGGCCUCUUCCUGGGACUGCUGCUACUGCCUGCCCUGGUGUUGGCUGGAAUCUUCUGAAGGGGUCACCACUCAAAGGAACCGCCAGACUACUUUUCCAGAGUGGCUGCACCAUUUUACACCAGCAAUGUACAAGAGUUUCAAUUUCUCCACAUUUCCAACACUUGUUAUAACUUUUUUGAUUAUAGCCAUCCUACUGUGUGUGAAGUAGUAACUCAUUGUGGUUUUGAUUUUCAUUUUCCUGAUGACUAAUGAUGUUGAGCAUCCUUCCAUGUAUUUGGUGCCCAUCUGUAUAUCUUCUUUGGAGAAACGUCUACUCAAGUCUUUCACCCUUCUUUUUGUCUGCGCCUGUGGCAUGCAGAAGUUCCCGGGCCAGGGACUGAACCUGCACCACAACAGCAGCCCAAGCCCCUGCAGUGACAAUGCUGGAUCCUUAACCCGCUGCAUCACAAGAGAACUCCUUUUGUCCAUUUUUAAGUUGGGGUAUUUGUCUUUUUAUUGAGUU